UCAUUCCACACGUGAUAUUUUAUACUGCACCCUCCAGUUGCUCAGGAAACCCCUUUUCCAGUAUGCCCCCACUCCAUUAUUUAUACCCUACCACGCACAGAGCCUUGUUGUCACCCUUGGCACCUUAUUCUUGGGGUUUUUUCGGAAAAGUCACGUAGGUAAAAAAUUCAAAUUAAUUAAAGUCAAAUAAAAAUAAAAUACAAAUCACGACGUUUCGGAGGCAACACAAGCUACCGUCUUCAGGUGGAACCGUCACAGCACGAUAGCUGUAUCAAGUAAGAGAAAUUCCAAGAAAACAGUCCUUGUAUAUAUACUGGUUGAGGGUGGGAGGAGCCAAGGUAGGCCCUGAAUAAUAUUUUUGUGAGGUUCGGUGCGGCUGAAGCACGCUGUUAGGAAUGAGCCUUUGUUGUGUAAACUAUGUGCGGCUGAUGUAAAGGUGCGUGUAAAUGGGACUGAGCCUUUUGUUAUGUAGAGGUGGUGCGGCUGAAACCGCUGCCAGGAAUGAGUCUUUGUUGUGUAGAAUGGUUGAACUGGGAGGUUCUAAGAGUUGUAAAGGUGCGGCUGCUGUGAAUGGGACUGAGCCUUUGUUAUGUAGAUGAAACAGCACUUUGUUAAGUUGCUGGGAUUAAUUCUAGAUUUGCUAAAUAUGUGUGGUAAAACUUAAAGUAGGAAAACCAAUGUGUGAAAAAAGAAAGAAGAAACUAUACGGUAACCGGUAGAAUAGCGCCUGUCAAAUAAGAUGGUCCAAAUAUGUGUAGGGGUGUUAAAGAGAGGGCCCGUUAUGCAUGGCAGCCUAUGGAAAACAAACACAGUGGGCGGGGCUACGUAAGUGCACGAGGAGGUGCCCUCUACGACGUCCGAGCCAGACACCCUGGGGGGGGCUGGUUCGAACGUUAUGAUCCCCCGGGGCCCCACCCCUCAGGGAGGGGUUGGGUAUAAAAGGGGAUGUUCAAAGGGCUCGAGUCAGUUAUGUUUAAGCUAAGGGAAGAAGACUGAAGACGUCUUAGAUAGAGCCCUGGACUCCCCUAGUUCGAUGUCCUUUUCAGGGCCGGACAGGACUGAGCCAGCGGCGUAGUCCCGAAAGCCAGAGCCGGUGCUCUUGUAAGAGCUGGUCUGGAACUCCGGGUACCGGGCCCGACUUACCAGUGUCGGGCCAGUUAGCCUCCCCUAGCCCAUUAGUGGAGGAUUCGGGGCUAGGACAGAGUUAGCUAGGGGUGUAUCCCGAGUUAUACGGGUGAGGGGGCCGAUACCCCCUCGAGUGUUAUAUGCCCACUGUUGUAUUGUGAAAUAAAUAUACGUGUGCCUCAACCUCGGCGUCAAGCGUCCUCACCGGUACUUCAACUGGUGUCAGAAGUAAUUCGAACAUGGACACGCGGAAAACAGCGCGGGCCAAAGUACCGCAGGAGGAAGACACUGCUGAGAUCGUCGAGCCCGAGACGGCUCCACAAGACAUGGUGCAGCCGGGGCCUGACGCCUCCUUACCGGGGCAUCGAAAUGAAGAGGGGCCGCAGCCAGACGCGUUACGGCUGGCUCACGGGAGGCUGGCGGAGCUGCUGUAUGCCGCUGCCGCCACGCUGGAGACCAUCACGCGAUUGGGGGCCGGUGAUCCAACACGGGGCGAGGCGAGCCAACGACCAGGGCGCCUUCCCGCCAUUUCGGAGCAGUCCGAAUUUGAAAUUCCCGCCAUCGACGCUACAGCUGUUCAGGGCGUGGCCAGCCUGAACAUCCGCUCCGACAUCGCCGUCGCUGGAGCUGCAGCGUCAUCACCGCCGGAGGGUGCGUCAUCACAACCGCGACAGGCGAUCCCAUCGGCCGUUCGCACCGACGCACAGCCGAGUGGUGGUGACAUCAGCCUGCGGGAGUCUACAACAACCGCUGCGCUUCAUCAGAGACUGCCCCCGCUGAAGGAGUUCAUCGGCGCGGAGGGAGACUGGGCCGGGUUUCGCCGACGUUUCCUCGCCCAUCAGGAGAUGGCGAAAUGGUCCGAUGAGGAGGCUCUCUGCGCGCUGCCGGCGCUCCUCGACUGGCGACGCGCUCGCCGCACUCACAUCGGCGGCGAGAGAGAAGCGGUCUACGUUACCGAUGGCGCUACAGCUGCUGGGCGGGGUCUAUGGACCAUCAGCCGAAUGCCGACAGCAAUUUUACGACCGCAAGCGGGGUGAGGAGUCGCCCCUAGCAUACCGGACGAGCCUCCUGGCGAUGGCUAAGUCGGCCUUCCCUCGUAUGGACGACGACGGCGUGGACGCUAUGGUCACGGAGAAAAUCCUCCUCCUGGCAGACGACCUUGACAUCGCUGUCGUCGCACAGGAGGACGCGGAGAUGACAUCGCUCCAGGCGGCAAGGUUCCUACACGCCAACCUCCUGUCGCUCCGGCGGAAAGCCAGCAGGGCAUCGGCGGGGUGUGCGGUGGCUGCAGCCACCCUUCCGACGGAGGAGCUCUACGCCGUCGACCACCGACGGCAACAGGCGACGGGAGCACGGUCGGGCCGGGACGGGUCGGGCCGUUCCGACCAUCCGUCACCUCCGACGGCGCUCCCGCGGUGUUUUAACUGCGGCGUCCGGGGCCACGUCGCCUCGGGGUGCCGCUCUCCUCGUCAGCGCGGGACGACACCUCAACGGGACGACGGGCCUCAUCACAAGCUCCACCAUCAUAACCCGGUGCAUCAGGACUGACGGGCUCACGCCCGACCACCCCUCCUGGGGAUACCGACGGUCACGCGGCAUCGGAUGAGGACUCACUCCGGGACGGACAAUUGCCACCUGACGGUCCGCCACCCGGGGUUACCCCGUGUGAGGGGCCCGCGGCAAGGACGCGCGCAAAAAUGCGCAGACUGUUAUGAGGCCGGAAGAUGUGUACAUAGGUUGUGUUCAUCGUGUGUUGUGUGGGUGGUGUGUUCCCUGCCCAUUGAAUGUACAUAUGUUGGGUUCAUUGUGUGUUGUGUGGGUGGUGUGUUCCCUGCCCAUUGAAAUGUACAUACGUUGGGUUCACCUGGUGUGGUGUGUAUGGUGGGUUCCCUGCAAAUUGUAUAUAGGUUGUUUUUUUACGGAAUUCGUAUUUAUUCAAGGGGGGUGCGUCGGGUUGUUUUCUCUUCUUGCUGUUGCAUUUUGUUGUGUUCUUGUUGCUGUUCUUGUUAUUGUUGAAAAAUAGUGAGGCACACGUGCGGUCAAGGUGUAAAUGCACUUUUAUUGUCAUUUUUGUAUGUUGGCAGCCGGGACGGCUGCAAGCUAUGC